GUAAUUCACCGAGCACUUUUUGCGCGCAGAAGUUGCCAACCCACCCCCAACCACCCAAACCGCUCCUCCUCACUCUAAUCCAUCCAUGCUAUCUUUCCCCACAUACUCACUGUCGCUCCUCACCUCUCACCUGGGCACCGCUCACCCCCCAUGCCACCCCAGCCCCCCCAUAUCCUCAUAACAGGUGGUUCCCGCGGCAUCGGCCUCUCCAUCGCCCAACUUUUCGCCCUUCACCGAUACACCUGCACGCUGAUCAGCCGCAACCCUUCAACCCUCUCAGCCUCCAUCGCUUCCCUCCCCCACUACUACGACCAUCUCAACCACACAUCCAUCAGUGGUGACGUAUCCUCGCCCCAAUUCUGGACGUCCUCGAACCAUAAUCUCGCUUCGAAACUCGGCACGCGCCGCGUGCACGUGCUUGUGAAUUGUGCCGGGUUAUCGCAAUCCAGUGUUCUAGUGCGGACAUCGGAGGAUGAGGUGCAAAGGAUCAUGGAUACGAAUCUCACGAGUAUAAUAUUGGGGAUACGAUAUUUGCUCAGGAAUAGGAAUAUUCGGCGCGAGGGCCCGAGUCCCUGCAUCAUCAACAUCGCCAGCGUACUCGGUAUCAAGGGGGGUCGGGGAGCCGUAGCUUAUAGCGCAAGUAAAGCCGGCGUGUUAGGUCUCACCCGCAGUCUCGCGGCAGAGGUGGGGCCAUUGGGAAUCAGAGUGAAUGCCAUAGUACCCGGAUACAUAGACACCGACAUGACAGCUGACCUCCCACGCCAGCUCCUCAAAACUAUCCCCCUGGGAAGAUUUGGACACGCGUCCGAAAUCGCCGACGCUGCGCUCUUCCUAGCAAGAAACCAAUACGCAAAUAACUGCGUUAUCAAUCUUGACGGUGGGCUCAGCGCGACGUAA